GGCGGCCACAUGAAGCAGGGGGGGAUUUGUAUAAAAAACAGAUUAGCAGAGAUGAGUGCGGGCGAUUAAGUGCAAAAGUAGCCUACCUCUGUCCCUAGCCAUCGGAUGAGCAUCAUGUAGUCUUGAUUGAAAGUUUGCAAGGUUGCACAGCAACUCUGGUUUGCACGAGAUACGGUGCCGUAUCCGAGGGGGUGCUAGUGUCUGCCAAUGGCGUUGCAUACGUAUCUCGUUUGUAUAACGGAAUCGGGCUCUUUGCACGGCACACGGUUCAUCUCGUACUCGAACUCCGAUCUGUUAUAACCAUCGCGUUGGAUCGUAGCAGCAGCCGCCGACCCAAACGCAAACGCAAACGCGACGCCAUGGGAAGGCAGGACCAGCAGCUGCAGGUGCUGAACGCGCUCGACGCGGCCAAGACGCAAUGGUACCACUUCACGGCGAUCAUCGUCGCCGGCAUGGGGUUCUUCACCGACGCCUACGACCUCUUCUGCAUCUCGCUCGUCACCAAGCUUCUCGGCCGCAUCUACUACACCGACCCCGCCAGCCCCACCCCCGGCUCGCUGCCGCCCAACAUCGCCGCCGCGGUGAAUGGCGUCGCGCUCUGCGGCACCCUCUCCGGCCAGCUCUUCUUCGGAUGGCUCGGCGACAAGCUCGGCCGCAAGAGCGUCUACGGGAUGACGCUGCUGCUCAUGGUGAUUUGCUCCAUCGCCUCAGGGCUCUCCUUCUCGCACACGCCGACGAGCGUCAUGGCCACGCUCUGCUUCUUCCGCUUCUGGCUCGGCUUCGGCAUCGGCGGUGACUACCCGCUGAGCGCCACCAUCAUGUCCGAGUACGCCAACAAGAAGACCCGCGGCGCGUUCAUCGCCGCCGUCUUCGCCAUGCAGGGGUUCGGCAUCCUCGCCGGCGGCGUUGUCACGCUCGCCAUGUCCGCGGGGUUCCAGGCCGCGUUCCCGGCCCCAGCGUACGAGGUCAAUGCCGCUGCGUCCACCGUGCCGCAGGCCGACUACGUGUGGCGCAUCAUCCUGAUGCUCGGUGCGCUGCCGGCCAUACUGACGUACUACUGGCGGAUGAAGAUGCCGGAGACGGCGCGGUACACGGCGCUCGUCGCCAAGGACGCGAAGCAGGCGUCGUCGGACAUGGCCAAGGUGCUGCAGGUGGAAAUCGAGGUGGAGGAGGAGAAGCUCCAGGACAUCACGAGGGGCAGGGACUACGGCCUCUUCUCGGCGCGGUUCGCCAAGCGCCAUGGCGCGCACCUCCUGGGCACGGCGGCGACGUGGUUCCUCGUCGACGUCGCGUACUACAGCCAGAACCUGUUCCAGAAGGACAUCUUCACCAGCAUCCACUGGAUCCCCAAGGCGCGCACCAUGAGCGAGCUCGAGGAGGUGUUCCGCAUCUCCCGCGCGCAGACGCUCAUCGCGCUCUGCGGCACCGUGCCGGGCUACUGGUUCACCGUCUUCCUCAUCGACAUCAUCGGCCGCUUCAAGAUCCAGCUCCUCGGCUUCGCCGGGAUGACGGCGUUCAUGCUCGGCCUCGCCAUCCCGUACCACCACUGGACCAUGCCUGGCAACCAGGUCAUCUUCGUCUUCCUCUACGGCUUCACCUUCUUCUUCGCCAACUUUGGGCCGAACGCGACGACGUUCAUCGUGCCGGCCGAGAUCUUCCCGGCGCGUCUCCGGUCAACCUGCCACGGCAUCUCCGCCGCGUCCGGCAAGGCCGGCGCGAUCAUCGGAGCAUUCGGUUUCCUCUACGCGGCGCAGCCACAGGACAAGGCGCAUGUCGACGCCGGCUACAAACCUGGGAUUGGCGUGCGGAACGCGCUCUUCGUGCUCGCCGGGUGCAACCUCGUUGGGUUCCUCAUGACAUGGAUGCUCGUGCCGGAAUCGAAAGGGAAGUCGCUGGAGGAGAUGUCCGGCGAGGCCGACGACGAGGAAGCUUCUGCCAACGGCGGUGCCACCGCCGUCAACUCGUCCGGAGUUGAGAUGGUGUAAUCCUUCAGGACGCAACGAGAUGACGAACACUUGCAUGCGAAGCUCGUACUUGUAGCGUGAUAGGAAAUGUUAUACUUAUAUUUAUUAGAUCGUACUCCUACUAGUAACUAUCAUAACUAUGUUAGUACUUGCUUUUUAGGUACAGGAGUUCUCUUUGUACCUCAAGUUGAUCCCUAAUUUUCGUAGAACUUAAUUAAUUCAUGGCAAGAAGUUGCUCAUUAAUAGAAGCUAUUCUAAACUUU